AUGUCGAAUACGAGACUUGCACAUGCUACAGCUCGUUCCCGACUCGGGUGCAGCAUGCUCAAUAUCAGGGAGACCGUCACAACAGCAAUAAUUCUUAGAUAUACGCAGAUUGAUACCAGUGGAGAAGGCAUCGCAACAUUGAUGUCGAAUACGUACCCGAAUCUCAAUCCUUCUGAAAAAAAGAUUGAACCCGGAGAUUACGGGAUUUUCAACAGUAAAACCGGACGGUUCCACCGUGAAGGAAAUAUUCUUGGAGAAUCAGUCCAGAAAGACACUGCGGUGCCACAAGAACCACUCUCAAAAACUAGCCGCCGUACUCGGCUCGUACCCGUUCAUGCUGGAUGCACAGUUACUCGCGGUGGAGAAAACGAGACGAAUAACGACUGUCUUGUUCAAGUUAAUCUGCACUUUGAAUCUAAAAAUAGCGCUUAUCACGGAAUGUUUGGAUGUGAUACAAACCGCAUGUAUGAUGAUAUUAUGAAUUCAACACUCGCCGCCAACCCGGAGCUCGCUAAAUCAGUAAAAGGCAAAGCCAUCGUUACUUCUGUAAUGGUGAGCAAGUUCUACAUCAUGGGUUACUCGUCAGCAGGAGAGAAAUCCAUAAAGCUUGAGCUCGUCCCUAAAGCUGACAACCCUUCCAUACACGAAUGGAAGAAGUCUUGCGAAGUCGACUUUUUAGACAUUCAGUACGACUCGAACGGUCGUUUCUACCCUUUGUUCACACUAAAGGAGAUGUGA